AUGAUUAAUGUGGCAGCGCUCUGCAGCGAUUAUAAGCUCACAGCUCAAUUCUACAGCUACACACAUUUCCCUGUAUUCGCGCUUGAGUACAAAACUUUAAACGCCGAUAUGCUGUACCAAGGCCCCAUCUACCCCUAUCGUCUGGGCAACUUACACGGCUACAAACUGCCCUAUAUAAUAGGCGGCUCGGAGCCACGCAUUAUUGUAUAUAAUUAUAAUGGUCAGAGGAUAGUGGGCGGUUCUGCUGGUAACUUCUUCAAGAAUUUCGCGCGUAAGCACAACUUUUCGCUCUACGAGCCAUUAGCUACCUCCUCAUACACCGAACUCAUAUCGGCACGAGAUCUGAUUGCUGCCGUACGUAACAACACUGUGGAGAUUUCGGCAGCGCCCACCUAUACGUUCUCACCUGAUCAUUUUUCCUCCGAUGGUUUCACUUAUCCUUACGAGCAGACAAACUGGUGCGCUUGGGCGCCCGUAGAGCCAGAUAUACCGAAUUCUGAAUUCUUUUGGAUCGCCUUCGAUGGACUCAUCUUCAUACUGAUGAUGGUGACACUCGUCGUUAUUUCCUUAGUGCUAAGUUGUGCACUCUGGCGGCAUGGCAAUAAACCGGAUAUUUUGCAUUUCUUUCUACAUGGCGCUUGUUUUCGCGGUGUACUGGGUCAGUCUGUUCGAGAGAUAUGUGGCGCGCCCUUCCUUAUACGUUUCAUUUAUCUACUAAUUUAUUUUUUCGGUAUUCUGCUAACCACCUCGUAUAAUUCACAUUUUGGCUCUUAUUGGACAAGAGCUCCGAAAGAGCAAUCCCUAAACACAUUCGACGACAUUCUCCACUCAAACUGGAAAGUUUAUAUUCUUAUGCAAGACUUCAAUGAGAUCAAUUCGCAAGAAGAGUUGAGAAAAUAUAUUCCCAUGUUUCAGAUAGAAACCGAUUAUCAAACAUUCCUAAAUACUCGUGACGCUUUCGACACGAAAUAUAUUUACAUGAUACCUACCACUAAAUGGGGAAUCUUCAAGGAACAACAGAAAUUUUUCACCACUCCUCUUUUUCGUAUGCGCCUCGAUUUGUGCUUAUUCCGUAACAUUCUGCUAUGUUUUCCAAUACAAAAUAAUUCGAUAUUUACGGACAUUGCACAUGAAAUGAUUUUAGAAACUGCGCAAUCGGGUCUAACGGAGUAUUGGACUCAGUCAGCGUUUCUGGAAUUGAUCAAUGCAGGACGCUUGAGUUUCAUGGACUUAAGCCGAAAGAAUGAGUUCAGGGCAAUGAAAGUGGAGGAUCUGAAGUACGUUUGGCUGGGCUAUGGCGUUAUGUGCGUGAUCUAUUUUGGGAAUCACAUGAAUCAUUAA